AUGGAUUGCCAGCUGCUAUACAGAAGCAAGGUUGACAAGAGUAAGAAAAAUAAACUUAGUUACGACAGGGCUCGUGUAGCGUGCCACUGCCGAAAACGCAAAAUCAGGUGCGUUCGGCCUGGAGAUGAUCGUCAGACUCCAUGCGCUAGCUGCUCCCGCCUGAAGAGGGAGUGCAACCUGGUGUCCGGCAAAGCAAUUGACGUCGCUAUCCCUGACCAAUGGCCGGCCCCGGUAAUUGACCAAAGGGGGUCCGAUACCUUCAACGCACUUGAGUUGACUAGUUCAUUAAGCUUAUCUAUGCCACGAGACGAUUCAGAUGCCAUUGCGGCUGCCCUGAACCAAACAUAUACUGAUUUCGAAAUAGAACUAUUCCUUUCCCAGCCUUCUUCCAAUCUACCUGGAGUUGCAGAGUCAGGUUGCAUGGAUGUGAGCUGGCAACAAACCCAGGUCAUACCCCUUGCUUGGGCCGAUACCAUCAGUCUCGGCUACCCCAUUUUACCAAUAUUUCAAUCGGACCCUUCAGGGUCAUCUCUAGACACGCGCUCAUACAAAUACAUAGACAUGGGUCCUGGACACAGGCUGAACGAGGUCUACGCGCAACCGCGUUCGUGUUGGGAGUUGGGUGCGCUAGGAGGCUUCAGCUAG